CUAAAUUUCUGAAUGGAAAUGAAGAAGUUGUGGCCAGUCUUCUGAGCUUGGGCAGACUGUAAGCGAAUGGUGUGAGUAGGAAGUGGGAGGCGGCAUUGUGUAGACUGGACAUUUGUUGUUCUGCAUCUGUUUCUCUCAAGCGUAUCUUUUAUACUGAGGGAUCAAUAACCGGCUCCAAAAAAAAUAGUAGCUAAUGGAAACUCUUAAAUAUAAUAAGAUCAUUUUGAAGGUUUUGUUUAUACAAUAAUAGACUGCUUCCUUUUAUUUCCCCUUUUUUUCUUAUCUGUGGCUGCUGUGAACGCAACUGGAGACGAUGGAACAAAACUCGUGCACGGAGGAUCGUCUGCAGCAUGUCCUUGAACGCUGCCUCUGUGACCUUGAAUUCAACACUCCUGACAAGCAACUUUGGAACGCCGGUCUGUGCAUGAACCGCUGGUGUUUGGAGGAACUGGUCAUGAGAGAUCCCCACAACUUCCCGUUCCUUCUGCAGACAAUUCUCAAGAAAACAAAGGAGGUGCUUGUGCAAUGUCGGUACGAAUUGGUGGUGCCGCUUACUCUCCUGUUUUCCUCAACACUUUUAAAAACACCUUACCUACACCCAGAUUGUAAUGUGCUGUUGGAAGCUUACCUGCUUUUCCACCAAUUCCUGUCCUGGCCGGAUCCUUACUGCACCGCCUGCCAACGCCUGCUGAAUAUCAUCUACAAUGAGCUCAGAGCACCAGGCAUAUCGUUUCAAAGACUGGUGAAGACGGAGCACGGCAUUGCCACCGAGAACCAACACUCUAAAACCAUGAUCGUGCUCUUAGUGAGUCCAGAUGAAGAUAUCCCGCCUGAGGUCCAAUCGGUCUCCAAGCAGCUGAGCGUAAGCCAUCAGUCCAAGCGAGACAUCACUAUCACCCUCAUUUUGCACAGCUUCCAAGCUGCUCUGGGCACCAAAAUCCACCUGCAGGGACUCCGUGAUGCCUUGCAGACAAAACAGCCGGUUGAGCUGGAGCAGCUACUGGAGAAGGUAACUUGCUGCAUGGAGACAGCAGCUUCCACAGCAGAUCUUAGCACUGCCCGAGAGUGUCUUGUACAGACGCUUGAUGGGCUCAGACGAGGCCUUCUUCCCACAAGUGCACACGAUUACUUGGAUACUGGGUUCGCUGAGACUUUCCUGCUACCCUUUCCCCAAUGUCACACCAGAUACUGGGAAAACGACAACUUUGAUUUUCUCAAUACUAUUCUCAUGAAAGAAUGCUACCUGGAUUCCUCUCUGGCAUGUCUCACAAGAGAUGAGGAUGAUGUGAAGGAAGAAGUCAUGCAGAGCAGCAAAGCGGAUCAGGGCUUGGAGAAGCAUUCUCUCUCCACGCCACCUUCCUCUUUGAGGGACUCGUUGUCCUGUCACUCUCCGUCUUCCAGCUCUUCGGUGUCCACAACAUGUGCCUCAUUAUUUGUGGAAAGUGACUUCGCUGAAGUCGGAGGACAUAAGGGCACAGCUGAGGGACAAAAGAGUGAGUCAAAACGUAGAAAGAAGCCCAAGAAGAAAUCCAAAAGCCUCCUAGGCAUGGAGAACUUCGCCUUGUUUUUCAAGAACCCACGCAGUCUUGGGACACAGCUCAAACAAUCUCAAUCCAACCAAGAUCAACUUCUGAAUGCAUUUACCGUGUCGUGUCCUCUCACCGGUGAAGAGCCUCUUUCCCCCCAGAAGCAUCUUUGCAUCCGCAGAAGGCCCAUCCUGAGCUGCACCGAAACCGAUGCAGAGCAGGCUCUGGUGCAAGUCCUCGUCUUCGGUCGGGACAGAGAGGCCGGACGACUGGCGAGGGCUUACAGCAACCUGCAGGAGAAAGAGUCAAAAUGUCCCAGGCUCACCAAAAUGUGCCGGUUGCAGUUUUACUUUGUUCCCUCAAAAAGAACAUUUACAGGAAUUCCCAGAGAAAGACAAUCAUCAGGACAUCCAACUAAAGCUGCCUCUGUGCCUAAUGGUAUUUGCCGAGAUGACAGCACCACAGAUUUAGCCCAGAUGUUGGGAAUGAUGGAUCCCUGGUAUGAUCGGAGUGUCCACAGUCUGCUCAGUCUCUCUUCAGAUGUACUUUGUCAGCCUGCAUGGAAAGAAGAAAGUGUCUCCGAAAAUAACGGCCGGGAGGUGGAGCUUCCUUUGAUGGCUGACUUGAUUCUUUACUACUGUAGGCAUGCAGACCAACCAGUCCUGGUGCAGCUCUACCGGGCUGAGCUGACCCUGGCUGACGGAGAGAAGAGAAGUGAAGUAUUUAUUCAUUCAGUAGAGCUCGGACACACGGCUGCAACCAGAGCGGUCAAGACCAUGGGUGCUGCCAGCAAGAGGUUUGGGAUUGAUGAAGAGAGCGAGGCUGUCCCCUUAAUGCUGAGUGUGGCCUACAAUAAGGUGGCCUGCAGUGGAAGGAGUCAACGGACCCAAGCAGAAAUGCUUUGCACAUCCGUCAAUAUUCACAAAGCCUUCAGCAAAGCUGAGCAUUUAGAGUAUAGAAACGAAAGCUUAUGGCUCUCAGUGACGGAAGUCCCAAAAAAGCACUGCUCCAAGUCUAAAAAGAGCAACAGCCAGAAUUCCUCGAAAUCGGAGGUGAACGUCAACAGAGUUGAGGUCAGCGGUGGGAAAGCUGGGACAACCUUUGCUGUGUGUCUGGAUCAAGACGAGAGGAAGUUUCUGCAAAGCGUCACCAGGCUUGAAGUGUCUUUGUGCUGCAAACCGGGAAGCAGUUCAGACUGGAAAUACAAACCUUCACCAGGCCAAGUCCAGCCUCUGCACCCAUCUUACUGUUCCAUGCUUUGCCUUCCCUUCAUCUCUUUCUCUGCCUCGCAUGCCUGAAAACACCUUGACUGGAAUGGACCACCAACAAUGGCGACAAAAAGAAAAUAGAUGAAAAGAUGGGGGGGAAAAAAAGGCAACAUUGUUACACAGCUCUGUUUCAGGUUUAUUCUGCAACACAUUAUGGAGUGGAAGCGUGUGGUUUUGUUGUUGUUGUCAUUUUUGUUGUUAGAGUCAUUCUCAGUUGUCAAGACUUUCUUCAACAUCGCCUCAAGAUAUGUGCUCUUUAUAAGUAAUAGUCCAGUAUUUUUAAUCGCUGUACUAUAUUUAAAAAGAUGCCGUUUUUUUGUGUGUGUUAUCUAUGAAUAUUUGUUUUUAGGCUGUUUAUGGCAUUAUGUUUUGCAAAUUUUGUCUCUCUCUCUCUCACACAUG